UGACAUUGACGUUUUCCUUAAAUUGUGUUUUUGCGUUAUUAUAAGUUUCGAAACAAGAACUUAUUGAUUUAAUAAUAAUAUAAACAAUUAUGAAACGUGCUUAUAUCUUUAAAAAUAAAUCAGAAAAAGAUGGAAAACUUAUGGCCGUGGAAAACACGAUUAAAGACUUCAAGAAGGCAAUAGCUAUACAGUUUCGUUUACCGGAGGAAAACUUGCAGUUAUUUGCAGCGAAUGGUUGUGAAAUAGAUGACGUGAGGGUCAUAAGGGACGAUGAGAAAGUGUAUUUAUCUUUAGAAUGUGAGAAAAAGUUAACGAACUGUGAUAAAGUGAAUAAUUCCAUCGAGAGUAUGAUUGUGGCCGAUAACAAAGAGAGAGUUGUUUCUGACUGGAUUAAAUUAAAUGUAGGAGGAAAACACUUCGUAACUUCUCGUUCUACGCUUCUGGCUAAAGAACCGUUGUCAAUGCUGGCUAGGAUGUUUGCUGACGACAACAAUAUGUACUUAAUGAACCCAAGUGCGAAAGAUGAAACUGGAGCUUAUUUAAUAGACAGAAGCCCGGAGUAUUUUGAACCUAUAUUGAAUUAUUUAAGACAUGGAGAAGUGAUAUUAGAUAAGCAUAUCAAUCCGAAAGGUGUUUUAGAGGAAGCAGUGUUUUAUGGUCUCGACUCAAUGAUACCACAAUUGAAUCAAUUAAUCGAUGAGCCUUUGAAUAGCUCUAGUAAUAAUCAGUCUCUAACAAGGAUGGAUGUAAUACGACUUGUAAUUAUGACGCCGACAACAUCAGAACUGAGGUUUCAAGGUGUUAACCUAGCUGGUGCUGAUUUAAAUAGAUUGGAUCUAAGACAUAUCAAUUUUAAGUAUGCAUGUCUCUCAAGAUGUAAUCUCAGCGGAGCAAACCUCUCACACUGUUGUUUAGAAAGAGCAGACUUAUCUCACGCUAAUCUAGAGGGUGCACAGUUACUAGGAGUGAAGGCAUUAUGUGCAAAUAUGGAAGGUGCUAUUUUAAAAGGUUGUAACAUGGAAGAUCCAAUAGGAUCGAGAGCAGUGAUGGAAGGGGUUAAUUUAAAAGGUGCAAAUUUAGAUGGAAGCAAUAUGGCUGGCGUUAAUUUACGUGUGGCAACAUUAAAAAAUGCUAAUCUUCAAAACUGUGAUCUCAGAGCUGCAGUAUUAGCGGGGGCAGAUUUAGAGUGUUGUGAUCUAUCCGGAAGUGAUCUACACGAAGCUAAUUUGAGAGGAGCGAACUUAAAAGACGCGGCCUUCGAACUUAUGCUGACUCCUCUACAUAUGUCUCAAACUAUUCGAUAGAGUAUUUACUAUGUUAUUUUUAAUGAAAUAUGUAUUUAUACUUUGUUCUGUUAUUUACUUGAAGUAUAAAGUAUUAUGAGUUGUGUA